UCAAAGUUCACCAGUGUUUCUUCUGUCUCGAGCCUGAGCCUGACAGGCAAGACUAAAGGAUAUUUAUUUUACAAAAACAUUGCGAAGACUAUACGACUUUUAUUAGUCUUAUCGUAUUCGUGAUCGUAUCGCUAACGUUAUAAACAGGAAAUAACCCCAAUUUUUGUUUUUACUUACGGAUAAGGAAACCACAGAUUAGCUAGCACUAGCUUCACAGGCAUUAGAGUAACUGACGUUGUUCAACCAGCUAAUGGUUUUUAUUUUAUUUGUGGAUGUUUUUAAGGAAUGUUCUCGCUGUUCUGCCCUUCAUGCAUAAACUGUCAAUGUUACAGUAUUUCCCAGUGCCAUGGGGGAGAAGGAGCAGCCUACAGGAGGUCUUCAUUUUGUGGGGAGGAAGGAUGAGCUAAUUGAAGCAAAUCGCUCUCUCCGAACACUAGAGGGUCGAGAUAUACUCAUCAUCUACCACCAGGGAGGCUUUCAUGCUAUGGAUGCUUACUGCUAUCAUGCUGGGGCACUGUUGCAAAAUGGAGACAUUGAGGAAAUUGAUGGCAAGAUGUGCAUAAUUUGUCCAAAGCACAAGUACAAGCUCUCUCUGGCCAAUGGGGAGUGCUUAUAUAAGGCCAUCAACCGUAUGGAAAAGCCACCUCUGCCCAAAUGGUUUUCCAAGGGUGUGAAACAGCGGGUUCACACAGUCACAGAGACCAACGGGGAACUCUAUGUCAAGCUCUCUGAGGAAAAGUGCUUUAUUGAUUCAGACCACUUCCAGGGAGAAAAGGGCAAAGUGGAAAGGGCCAUAGCUGCGGAGGACUCACCGUCAGAAUAACAACAGAUGUCUCUUAUUGUCUCCUCUGAUCUCCUCUAAAUGACUACAUGAUGAUGGUACAGACUGGAUGUCAGACAUUGAAAGACAUGCACUUACUGUUCUACAGGUUAUUCUACAUUGGAAUAGUUUGACAUUUUGGGAGAUAUGUUGGCUGAAAAAUUAAAGUUCAAAAUCUGUAAAUCAGUGGCUUAAAUAUUUUGACUUGUAGAUGUACUUUAAUCAGAAUAGGUCAGUCUCCAGGAUUGCUGACAUCCUACAAUACCCACAAUGCAUUUUAUAAAGGCUUAGAUCAGAUGUCUUAAGUACAGAAAGUAACCCUGAUGAAGUUAUUAUGAUGUCACUGU